AUGUCCUGGCAGCUGUCUGCAGUGGUGGUGCUCUUCGUGUCCCUGGCUGCAGUCUGGAUUUUGCAUUAUGGCAGUCAAAUAAGAGCAAAAAUGUUUCCAGAAACCUCCGACUAUCAAUCUACAAUAGCAGCAACAGCAGAGGCCACAGCAAAGCCUUUCCUGCAACUAACUCACCAAGUCCCUGGCCAAACUUUAGCAGCCAGAUCAAUGGAUGGUCACGUCCCCUCUCAAAGAGCUGCCCCAACCUCCAGCUCUGAGCCCCCAACCACACAUACAACAGUAAAAACUCUGGUAACAACUUCCUUGAUAACUACAAACAGCACCCCAACUACCAGCCCAACAACCCACACCCUAGUCACAACCUUGGCCACACCCAAUAACUCACACACAGCUGCUCCAGUCACUGAGGUUACAGUUGGCCCCAGCGCAGCCCCAGGUUCACUGCCAACCACCAUCCCUCCAGCGGCGCAUAUGACAGGAACCAGCCCACCAACUGUCAGCCACACAACUAGGAAAACCACCCAAACCAGUCACCAGACUGCCCUUCCAGCAACUUUGUCCACCCCACCACAUAACAGCACAACCAGUCACAAGUCUGCUCAACCCAGUCAUGCCCCAGGCCCAAGCACAGCUGCACACAACACCACCCAAACGACCUCACCUGGUACCACGGCUUCCGGACCCACUCUUGCACCUCGGGCUUCGUCAGCCAAGACUGGAAUUUAUCAAGUUCUAAAUGGAAGCAGGCUCUGUAUCAAAGCAGAGUUGGGGAUAGAGCUAAUGGUUCAAGACACAGAGUGGGUGUUUUCACCUCAGAGAUACUUCAACAUCGACCCUAACGCAACCCAAGCUUCUGGGAACUGUGGCUACCGAAAAUCCAACCUUCUCUUGAAUUUCCAGGGCGGUUUUGUGAAUUUCACAUUUACGAAGGAUGAAAACUCGUAUUAUAUCAAUGAAGUGAGAGUCUAUUUGACAGUCUCAAAUCCAGAGAAAAUUUACCAAGGAAUGAAAAGUUCUGUGGUGAUGUUUGAGACUGUGGUUGGGCAUUCCUUCAAAUGUGUGAGUGAACAGAGCAUCCAGCUGUCAACCCACCUUCAACUGAAAACAAUGAAUGUCCAAUAUCAAGCCUUUGAUUUCGAAGAUGACCACUUUGGAAAUGCGGAUGAAUGCUUCACUGACAGAAACAGGAGAGAAAACCCUGUGGCCGUGGGCCUGAGUAUCGCAGUACUGCUUGUCGUUUUGCUAACAGCAUGUCUGGUGGCCAACAAGAGGCCCAGUACAGGAUAUGAACGCAUGUAA